AUGCCUUCAUUACAGGUUUUUUCCUACUUUGUGAAGGCGAAAAGUUUCCUUUCAUUUUUAAAUCGGAAAACUUUAGUGAAAAAAAAACCAUAUUUUGGCACAUUUAGUGAAAGAAGCAAAACAAUUUAUUUUUUGAGAGUAUUAUUACCAGUGGAAAACUCCAUUUUUUUUCAAAUAUUUCAGCUGCUUGGAUCCCGGCUCAAGCAUCUCACAACACAAUCUUUAUUUGUUCGAGGGCUAAUUCCUAUCGAAUCAAAUCCAGUGUUGAGACUUCUUAACAGUCUUUCACUUCAGCCUCAGCAGAUUUAUUUUAUUUGGAGCAAAUUCGCGAUUGACAGUAUUUAUUUGGUUAGUUCAGCAAAGUUGAACUAAAAAAAAAUAAUUUAGCUAGAGGAGCUGAUCAACAACAACAAGGACACGGUUUGUGACAUUGGACUGGAAGAAUGUGCUCCAUCGCAUUUGUUCACAGAUCAGCUCGUUUCACCUGUUGUUUCACGUGAGUUAAUAACGGUAACUUCAAAAAUAUCUACGGUCAAUUGAAUAACGUUUUCUUUAUUUUUGGAAGUCGGGACUUUUUUCAAUUCUUAUAAAGUUGUUCCAAUGACCAUUUCAAAGAACAUCUGAAGCAUUGAAUAGAAAGAAAACUGCAAGAAAAUCGUUCGAUGUGUCUUUGAUGUAAUAUUUGACAAACAGAGAAUUUGAUGUUUGCGGCGUGAUUGACGAGAACGGAUUUUGAUCGAGUGGAAAUCGAAGACAGACCAACCAUAUUUUGGAGCGACCGAUCAACUUCAAAUUUUCAGAUCUCACAUCACUGCGUCUUUGGAACAAUUGUAAGUCGUCUCAUUACGCCAUCACCGACACGACGACCUUCGCUCUUUCGAAGUGAUUCUCCCUCAAGCGACCUCUUGCGGCACACUUCGUUCAGGGCGAUCGCCGAAGGUGUGCCUGUAGAGACGAUAGACCUCGCGACGUGCAGCAUCACCAACCACAGCGUCAUCGCCGCCAUUCUCGCCUGGACCAUGUGUCCACGCAGCGAUUUGUCCAUUUCACUCAGUCAUUGUCCCUUGAUUGACAGGUCAGUUUUGAACUCAAACAACUAAUUUACUACAACAAAAAUUUUUUUUGAUGAAUCAGUCAAUCAUCCAAAAAAAAAAAAUUGUAACAGAUAAAAAUUUGGAACUAUUUUGAGUUUUACAUCAAUCAGAGAAAUCUGAGACUGUAGGAAGUAAUUUCUACGCAGUUAUAUCAUUCUUCACAUUUUUCAAUCAUUCUCAAAAGUUUUUUGCAGAGAAGCUUUACACGAGGAGUUGAUAGCGCAAGAAAUCUUUCUCAAAGAAGAUCGAGUUCGUCUGAACGGUUACACGUUGACGCUUUUCUGCUGA